GAGAGAGAGAGAGAGAGAGAGAGAGAGAGAGAGAGAGAGAGUCAUUAGCUGUGGCUGCACGUUGCACUCUGCAGCACUCUGCACUCCUCUCACGCUCCGCUCACCUCUCGCCGUAGUAAAGCCCCUCCACGCCGCCUCUCGUCACCAGUCUGCCGGACUCGAGUCGGCCGGUGGUCCGGGGAGCCGUCGAGCGAGCACGAUAUCGACCACCACCCCCUCCCCUCCUCUUCACCCCUCCUCCUCCUCCUCCUCCGGCUGUUGUUGCGCUUCUGCUGCAGCGACCAAGUUCAGGUGAGCCUCGUCCCCCGGCACAACAAGUCCCCUCCUCCCCUCCUCCCCUCUCCCUCCCGCCCUCCGGUACCGACCGGGAUGCUCGCUCCAGCCCUGUAAACGGGAUGUUAUAGAUGGGCCGCGCAGGAUGUGAAGCCUCGCCAGAAGAAGCAGGAGGAUGGCUAAACCAGGCUUGUCUGCGGCGGCGGUGCUGCCGCUCCUGCUGGGCUUCCUGUCGGUGUCCUCCGUUCGUGCCGACACCCUGCUGUCAGCGCCGCUCAAUGUGACCAUCAGAGAGAUUGAGGUCAACUCCGCCGUGGUCACGUGGGAAAUCUCGGAGGGGGACCCCGUCAUUGGAUUCGCCAUCACCCAACAGAAGAAGGAUGUGCGAAUGCUGAGGUUCAUCCAGGAAGUGAACACCACCACGCGCUCCUGUGCAUUGUGGGAUCUGGAUGAGGACACGGAGUACAUCGUUCACGUUCAGAGCAUCAGCAUGGGAGGCAGCAGCCCCCCCAGUGAGCCAGUCCUCUUCAGGACGCCCAAAGAGUCGGAGAAGUUGGCUUCCAAGAGCCCAGACGAGGUGACGAUGGAGGAGGUUGGUCAGGCUGCCCAGCUGAGAGCUGGAGAACUCAUCAUCAUUGUAGUGGUGCUCAUCAUGUGGGCAGGGGUGAUCGCCCUGUUUUGUCGUCAGUAUGACAUCAUCAAAGACAACGAGCCCAACAACAACAAGGACAAAGCCAAGAACUCCUCAGAGUGCAGUACUCCGGAGCACCCACAGGGGGGGCUACUGCGCAGCAACGUCUAAGACCAGCCCUGCAUAGCCUUGUGCAAUAACCAACUCCUUGAACCUCAGGACAGACCCUGAGACCAACAGAAAGCCAUUCUCAGACACCAUAGUACUGAGGAACCGAUAAACCAUUACAGCAACUCCUCUCUACACAACGAAGAACUCUUUAACAAUGUCACACCAAGUGGACACAAAGCCGAACUUGCAGAGAGGCUGCAAGCGGUCGAACCGGACUCAGAAGAGGACUAAACUGCAUUCACUUCUGUCGUGACCAACACUGGACACAGCCAGUAAAGACACAGAGGACACACAAUGGCUGUCAGUCCAGGAGACGGAGGGGACGUCACUUCUUCUCGACAAGAACUGCUUGAUUCAUACGUUCUGGUUACUCUUCAUCGGUGGCAUCCAAUCCAAGGAGCGGAUCAUCAAACAUGAAUGUCUCAGUGGAUUUUUUUUUUCGUUUUUGUUCUCUUCCACUUCAGGUUUGUAUCACUGGGCAGAGACGGCAGACGAAGUGUGGGUUGCCCCCCGUGAGAAUGGCUUGAAAAGCUUCAAGUCCAGGUAACAGUCGGCACACAACUCAACCAACCAAUCCCUGUUUGACACUGAGGACUUUCUCUUUUUUCUAUCUCUCCAUCCACGGUCACUUCUUUCUGUCCUUACUACAGCCCUUUGUGUAGCAGCUCAUUUCUCUCCGUCUGUGUCGUGUCUCCCUGCGUUUGGUGCUCGUCCUGUUGUGGUUGUUUGAGCCCUCACAAUCCCAAUCUUGAGUAUGAGAUCGUUUUGUUAUUGGGUCGGAAAGAAAAUAGCACACCGAGUCUCCUUUCUCUCUCUCCCUGUGUGUCAUCAGCGAAAUGAUGCAAAUGUUUCUCCCUCGCCUCUCUGAACUGAACAUUAACGACCCUGUCAGUUCAGGGACUCCGUUUUUACAGCGCUCCGUCUUUUUUCUUAGAGUUGGAUGAUGCCGUCUGAAGUAUCGCCGCGUGUCUCAUCACUCCAAAUCAAACUUAACAAAAAUCCAAAAGUUAAGUACGACUGUCAAACUUAAAAAAAAAAAAAAAAAAAAAGACUGUCGUGGCUGUAAAAUGACUGAUUUGGUUUCAGAUUGAGGUUUUAUUGUUCAUCACUGCAUAUUCAGCACCAUAUGCCGCCUGUGGUCUGCAACAGGAUGUGCGGGGAAUAAGGAUGGAGACACGCGGGGCAUUACUCCUAAUGAAACGUAUACACUGGGCAGAGCUUGGCUGGGCUUCCUCUCUGGGUUGGCUGCAGACCAGCAGCGACAGCAGGCUGUGGAAGGGAACACAGAUGAACCUCUCGGCUGUGCGGCUGAACGCGGGUUUGAAAUGUAAACCGUUUUCCCUCGGAACUAUCAUUAACAUGCAGCGCAAGUAGUCUGAGUGUGAUGGGAUUGAGAGAGGUGUAUAAAAAGCCAGGUGUAAAUUCCAGAGAAGCUCCGCCGAUUCGCCAGCGCUAUAGAGCCAUCGCUGACUGGCAGUAUGAUUAAAACUUACAUUAACUUACCCUUUUUAUAAUCAUUUGCGGUCAUUCGAAGCCAUCGUACUGAACCACGUCAUACCAUGAACAUGAGGUGUUUCCUGCAGACGUUGCUGGUAAAAUGAUUAUGGGCGAUACUGCUCGGUGGACCCAGCGUAAGUGAUUCAAUAAUAACUGACGCUUUGGCAGCACUUAAAAGGCUUUAGAAGCGUGAGCUACGUGUGCUAAGCAAUAAUAAAAGUGUUAAUAGAAUUUAAUCUACAGAGUGGCUAACCUUCGUAUUUUUAAAUGAAUGAUAUGCCGUUCCAGUUGCUCUAAAAAGGAGGAUCAGCAUCCUUUUCCCAUUAAGUGACAGGAUACAAUAGAAGUUGCACCCAUAACUCACGCAAGGUACAAGCAAUUCAAGUGCAUCACACUGGGGUCUGACACAACACAUUUGACAUUUUCUAGAGGAAGUAUUGAGACACCUGGUAAUUACUGAUGAGAGGAAACAUUUAGAAUGCCAGCAGCCUGAACCUUAAAUGCAAAAACAAAUGGGUAGAUCAGAUUAAUCACUGAGGCAAGCCUUUAUCAUUGGCAGCCCUAAUUCACCAGCACGCUCGGACAUCCUCUUGUUAAAGGAGUGAUCUCAGCGUGCAUAUUCAUAACUCCCCCACUUCUGUAGUUGCUACUUCAUCAAGGGCUUUAUGUGAAGGAGGAAAGGACUUUCAUCAGAAUUAUGCAGCGAACGAUAAAGCUUCAUUAUCGCGAGUGGGGCUUCCUGUUCAAUUAUGAUGUGCUUUCCGUAUAAUUGCAAAUAUGCUGGAACCCCAACCCCGGAGCACCGGCGCUCACCAGUCGAGUUCACUCGAAAAGUCAGACAGAAAAGCGCUGCGAAGCUGGACUCAGCGGAGCUGCAGCCGUGUUAGAGAUAAUGAGCGCAUGUGUGAAUGGCUGGCUGGUUGAGAUGACUGCUAAUCAGCGCCACGUACAUACACGCUGGAUUUAAACACUGUGCGGAGAGAGGCAGCCAUUACUUUCUCAUCUCACUCAUCAGUUCUGCCAGCACACCAGGCCCUCACCCUGCCAUCCAUUUUUCACCCUCUGCGUUCUUUAUCCGCCUCCCUCUCUCCCGCACCACCUCCAGAAACCCUCAUCCGCCUUCACUCUCCCAUUUACGACUUUCCCCUUUCCAUCCCUUUGUCGCAGUGCUCUCUUUCCCAUAUAUCACUCCACUCUUCCUCGUUUCUCCCCUUCACCAGUCUUGUCCUCACUUCUCUCGCCCCCCCACCCCCCCCACCCCCCUUCCAGCUUCCCUUUCCCCUGUUUCUCAUUAUAUCCACUCUCAGACUCCCGUUAGCCGCCUUCUCCCUCUCCGCAUCAGCUCUUCUCUCUCUCAUUCGGCCCCGGCUCGCUGCCUAUCCCUCGCUCCUCUGCUCAUUUAUUACCUUUUCGUCUCAGACCGGCCUGGAUGGACACUCUACCUGGUAAACAAGUAAGGCAAAAUGGACUAAAGGGAGGUGGAGAGUGAAAGAAUUGAUGAAAGCUGCGAACUGGCAAAGGAAAAGUAGAGAUAAGAUCAGUUAGGAUAAGUAAGCACCUUUUUACACUGUUAGUAAGCACACACCUUAAGGUUUUAUAUGUGCUUUGAAAAACAUAUGAAAUUAGAAAAAAGAAUCAGAUUUAAGAAGGUUUGUAUGGAUUUAUUUUCAUAUUUAAACGCUGUGUGUAAGAGCUGUGUCAGAGUGAUAUUCUGCAUUUAAAGAGUUUGGCGGGUGACAUAUUUUAUAGUAGCAUUUCCUAAACCAAAGACACAAGAGGAAAAAGUGCAAAUGAUUGAUUAAACAGCCUAACGUAAGCUGCAAAUGUUAGCAUGGCCGGCUAACUAGAGUACUAGCUACGGCAGUAACCAAGAGUGUCACUUCCGAGGCCAAGAAAUGCAUCACUGACUAACCAGGAUGUAUUAUUUUUUUGUGGUAACCGAUAACGUGACAAUAGAUUUUCCAAAAUCCACAUUUAACACAAACAUAUACACUGUAGUAUUUCCUCACCAUGGGGAAGCCAGGCUGGUCUCUGCCAGCUAAAUUUUAGCUUAAAUCGGAGUUUAAGCUAACUUUCGGAGCUCUGUUAUGUUUAUUUCUGGAGUUGCGGAGGUAUACCAGAGAUAUCAGAGAUGCCAGAGAUACAGCAGCAUUACAUUUGCCCCAGAAAUGUCUAGAAAUAAGUUAUUGCUUCUUGUAAUGCUAGAACUAAAAACAAUAUUUAAAGGUACAGACAAGAAGGCCUAUGUUUGGAGAAACACCCGCAUCAGCUUGAAUAUUUCCUUAUUUACAGUCUGAGUGCUGCACUGAAAUACAAGAAAAACUGCUGUAUUUGAAUUUCAUUCCUAUUUUACCUGCGAUAUGUAGCAUUAGCCUGAGCCCGUUAGCAUGAUGUCAUAUACAGUAUGUCGUGUGCAUAUUCAAGACGGUGUUACUACGUUCUUAAAACGAGUCAGCUGGAAAUAUUUUCAACCAACAUGGAUUUUACGUUGGCUUAAUCAGCUAGCUAGCCACGGCUGAUAUAAUUUGCCAGUGGUGUCAUUUUAAUUGACAGUCGCUCAUUUUCUUGAUUUCAAAACAUUUGAAAGUGGCGGGAAAUGAAAGAUAAAAAAGCCCUCCAGGUCAAAGAUAAUGAAAAAAAUGGUCAAAGAGUAAUAUAACACCUCCUGAAGAUCUUGUCGUUGUUGACCUCCUGUGAUUUAACUCCUCACCUCGUUGCAGGUGUCCUCCAGAACACCAUCUGGUCAGAGGUGAUCAGGCUUGAAAUGAUCAACCACAGCGUGAAACACUGCUUUUCAGCCUGGUGUUAAGUGACUCUCACACUUUCACUCUCACAGCACAAAUGUGAAAAUAAUCAACGGAUUCAUGCACAAAUCCCUCAAACUACAGGAAUGAGUGUAGGACAAAUGCAUCUAGAGAGGAAAGAGCUUAAAAGGAUGAAUGACUGCUCGGAAUCAAUAAGUGACUCAAGUUGCGGUCUAUUAAAUCAAGCGGACUGUAGAGAGAAACCACCUGACGCUGAGAAAGAAAUGAUCCGCGCAGAAACAAAGACAAAGAGCCAGAACGAGCCGGCUUGGGAUUCUUGAAGCAUACGAUACUUGAAGCGUUGACAGAAGUGGGGCAUCACGGCUGGCCUGUAGCACACAGCAGAAUUAAAGAACAAGCGUCUCGACAAAGUAGACGCUGGGGAUCUGAAUGUCAGGCUUUUUUCCGAGGGGGGUGUAGCUGGAAGCGUCUGAGGGAGCCUGUUUGAAGCUGGAGUCAGAGUGGCAGUUGUUGCUCCAUAUGCGCAGAUGGACCAAGUGGAGGGAGACUCAGCAAAUAUGGUAUUUUUAAACUGUACCCCUCUUGCUGCUCACUAGGACAGGGACAUGGUUCUGGUUGUGCAGAUGUUUGCAUGCAUUUAUUGGAGUAACUUGCUACUGUUUCUGUAAGGGGCCAGUAUCCAUAGAUACAGAAACCCAUUCUAGCCCCGUGAAUGAGUUCAGAAACAUUUUCCGACAACUAAAGACAACCACACUGCUGCUGAUCAAGCGUACCACUGUCCUUCCUCCAACGUUUGCUCUUUAAAAGAGUCUACAAACGUUUGGUAUGUGCUUGUCUGCCGUCAGAUCCGUCAGUCUAAGCUAAGCUAGGCUAACCGGGUUCCAGGCCUCUGGCCAAGUGGCUAAUAUUCGGUUUAUCCCUCUGCUAACUUGAAUGGCAAUAAAACAAAUUAAUGGUGUUGCUUUUCGAGACUUUUUGAAUGUUAUGGGACCAAAUGGCUCAAGUUCUCCUAGCGACACCAGUCACUUUGUGAGGGUCGUGACGCUUUUUUUUAGGCUGGUGUGCAUCAUGUAGCGUUGUGAUUGAACGUUUGGCCACUAUGUCAAAUUGGUUUCAAUGCCUGGUGCUGUUGCUGGGGGCUUGGUUAGAAUCACAGAUGUAUAUAUUAACUAGACACCAGAUGCAAAGAUGUAGCCAAUUCAAACCAAUGAGAAGUGCUUGCCCAGAGCAUACGCCAAAAAAGCUUUCUGGCCACUGCAUUUACUUUGUGGUAAUGCAACCCACUGGAUAUGCACAGCAGAGUUUCCCCCGCUGGUCCCCGCCUGCAAGUUCCCGCUCAGCUUAUAAAAUUAAUAUUGUGAUGAAGUCACAGAUUUUGAAAUCGCUUUUCUCAGCUUAUUGGAAGUUUUACAAAUAUCAAACCUCCAUGGAUCCAAAUUUCGAAGUAGAAAGAGUCAUAAUAGCUCUUGAUUACAGUUUUUGGGGUCCCAUCAACAGUUUUACAAAAGUCUCUUUGAUACUGGCGCCGCUGUGUCAUUUUUUGCUGCAGUACCGCAAGUGACCAUCGGGACAGAUUGUAAGCAAGGCUGAUCGGCAGCCUCCCAGGCCUUGUUAGGAUAUGCCCUAUGACGCUAACUGGUUAGCUUGCUAACUACAGUAGAUGUCUCAUCAACACAAUGCAUAUGUUUCUUCAAAUGACAUUAUGUUUUGAUAAUUCAUACAUAUAGUAACUUUAACAGUCGACUACUUACAGAUAUGUGGUCAGGAUUAAAACUGGGGAUGUCACCGUGUAACACAGCUGGGAAGCUACGUAGCUACAUCCAUGAAGGGCAUCCGAUAUGCCAACAGACGCGUGUUCAUUAGAAUAACUUUGGUCUCUCUUUGAGACCGAACAAAGGAAAGAACCACUGUUGAUGUUGUUCUUGCAUCAAAAUGACAAAGUGAACUUUUCUCAAUCUCUUUCUAAGCUGGGUCCUUUGGGGUUAACAUUAUCUGGAUCAGUGAACAUUAAUCUGAUAAAGUGGGUGAUAAAAGCCUGAAUGUGCUUACUAGCCGUAAUACUAUAGAACCUGAAGUGGUAAUUUUCCUGUAGUGGUCUAAUCCAAGCACACAUACACACACACUUAAACACUCACUCAUGCACCAAGCCCAUUCUCCGGCUGGCUGCGGUCCAAACUGACACACUGGGGGGGGGGGAGCAGCAGAAGGCAAGUCUGGCCCAGACAGCUCUGUCUCUGUCUAUCUGAGGCUGCAGGAGGCGACUCAACAGCUGCUCAAGGUGAACAUCCAAUGAGGCAUGUGUGAAAAUGGAGCCCGAGACCGGCGGUGAGACGUAAAGACAGACAGAACGAGAGAGGGAGAGAGAGAGAGAGAGAGAGAGAGAGAGAGAGAGACGGGAAGAGAGAAAGGGGCGAUGAGUCAGAGAAUCAGAGGGUAUGAAAUUGGGAGUGACAGACACAGGAGGAGAGAGAGAGGAUCAUGACACCCAGUGGGGUUUGCAGUGUCGAAGCUCAAAGUUCAGUCCGGUGUGAUCAGAUGUUGGAGCGUUUACAGGUGUGUUAGUGGGUUGUGGGAAAAUGUGGACACGGCGCGAGGCCAAAUCUGAGCCUCUCUCGCGCGCUCGCCGCUGAAGGAAAAAUUAAUGUUGACAGAACUUUAUUUGGAAACCAUAAAACCAAACCAUAAUGCAUCCAUCGCGACGGCCAAAUAUUAACUGAUCAAUGAUCGCAUCACUUUGUUCCCGUGCAGGUCCUGGAGGCAAAUUGUGUUUGCUGCAGGCAACUUUUACCAUCAUGUAGAGGUUUAAGUGAUGAGCAUCCCUGGGUCUUUAUUUAUUUUUAUUUUUUUUUUCCAAACAAGUGCGUGUUUGCCUUUGCAGUCUCUCCAAAGUAAGACUAUUUCAUUUGUAUGGAUGUUUUAGGCCCUCAGUACUUAAAUGAAAAAAUAAAACUAUAAGACGAGAGAUAUCUUAACAUUAUAAGUAACCCCGUAGUGCAGUUUGUCCCCCUGCAAUGCCGUGAGCUUCUCAGUAACCCCGGCCCUUAAACCAAAUUCGUGCUUAUCUAAUCAUCCCGUGCCAGCGGAGGACUGCAGAGUGGUUGAAGUCAUCCCAUCCACACUGGUUUGCCUGUGCUGUAGAUGACUGGCUGAGUGACUAUUGAGAAUGUUCACCCUAAGGUCCUGCACAUAGUAAAGAAUAGGGCCGUUUACUUAUGGCAUAUAUUUGUACUUUGUGUCGAAGCAAAUAACCAAGAAGCAUGGAUUUACAGCCGAAUAAUGGAGUCAGUGUUUUAUGUACAAUCAUGACGUCUGUGUUUGAGCCAUUUUGAUGUUCAUGGGAUAAAACCUGUUCAUGAGGGCUAGCAUGACUCUGCUAUCGUUCACAACCAUGGUAUAUAUAUAUCUAUAUAUAUAUAUAUACUGUUUCUAUGGAAAUAUAAAUGUCUAAUUAUGUAUUAACACAGGAAAGAAAUAAAAUAUUUUCAAUGCAC